GUGAAUAUUGAUUUAGACUCUGUCUAGGUCUAACGAUGCGCGAUAGUGCCAGGGGACUGGUCUCGUUUCCGAUCUGGUCGUAGAACGCGCGGUCAAAGUGCGCCAGAACAAUGUCGUCGCACGGUGAGUUCUCGACGAUGUCCAGCGAAGAGGUGCCCUCGCUGCCAAAGUCCCUGCCAAGUUCCAGGGAGGCGACAGCCGAGGGUAGUUCCAGUUCCAGCGGCAGUUACAUGCCCCUUCGAGAGUUCCUCGAUCGGUUCUCGUUGCCCAGAGUGGUCAGGCUCGAGGGCACUAGUGGCAGACCGGUGUUGCUCUAUAAGCAGCAACAGAAAUCGCUACGAGUCACUGCUACCUUAUUGAUACAUCGGUAUAGGCACGACGUCAAGGUGGGACCGGAAAUAGUCAUCCCAGAGGGUUAUCCGGGAUGGUUUUCUGUGAUAUCUGGCACCAAUACAACGGGUGGCGCGCGCGUUUACAGAAGAGUGGACUCCCUGGUGCGAGCAGGAGUGCCAACGUUUCUACUGGCGGCGCCACUGCGGGCGUACAUUUUGACGCACUCGAAAAUGGAAAAUGGCAAUUUACGAGCUCACUACACGAAGACUACGAUCAGGGCCGGAGAAAUUCUAAGAUUAAUAGCGGUGUUCCAGGACACGAGGAAGUGCAGCGCGGUCUCCUUCGGGAUUUCCGGUAGCUCUUCCGAAAAGGAUCAGUACGCGCAGUGCUUGGAUCCCCAUGGCCGCGAGGUGUUUGCGCCAUUGUCGGCGAGAGGCGAAUUUUAUGCCAUUUGUCAAAACGGAAGCAUCGAUACCGGAAGCGACGAGGUGCUGUACAAAGUGCACCACCUCGCGAAGAGACCCUUACCUCUAAGAGUUCGUUUGAUAGCUGGUCCUCUUCCUGUACCGUUGCCAAGAGAAUAUGGUGGUUUGAUGCAGCUGGAGAGUUCGACACGAGGACCCAUAGUUCUAGGAUGUAUCGUACCAGAGAGGCCAGUUCACAAUCCCGAAAUGCUCGAACUCGUGGUGACAGGAAGCGGUGCUCCGAGAGUGAGAAGAGCGCGGUUAGGUUAUCCAUCGGAAGCUAGACUGUUGGCAUCGCCAAAAAUGCAACGAUUACUAUCUGCCUGCAGCCGGGCGGUCGGUGAUCGUGCAACGGAACCGAGAGUGGCGCCUUUGAAGCUGCAUCCGACCAGCGAAAACUUGAAGGAGAUGCAUUUGAAGAAGAUCAAACCCAAGACGGAAACGAAGCCCAUCUUGCAGAGCUUGAAGGACGGGCUGGAACAUCUGAAAAAGACCACCGUCAGAGAGAAGAGUCAGACCAGACAAAAUUCUCGAAACGGGUUCCUGGAACGUAUAUCGAAAUUUACCCAGGGUGGUCGUAGCAGAAAUCCGGCGAAAAAGUCGGCCUCGUUUACGUUCGCGGUGAAGCCCGAAGUCGCAAUUAGGUGUCAGGAGCGUUACUCCAGUCUGGAGCCAGAAACUACCUCGCAUCCGAGUCAUUCCAACUCCAAGCAACCUGUACAAAGAUCGGUUUCUACGAGCGUUUUAGAGAUGCCAGCGAACGUCGAACUUCAGCCCAAUUAUUCACGAGUCAGAGACAGUCUCACGCCAGUGCCAUCCCUUCCAAAACUAACCAGGACCAAAGCUGACGAUAUUUACGCGGAGAUCUGUGAGAACGCGGCUGCGCAGGUCCAAAAGUGUCCCGGUAGUCACGUGAUGGCCAGGAUUAAAAUUAUCGUGAAAGGACGCGACUCGGCCGCGGAAUUACCGAGCAAGAUUAGCAACGAUCGAUACGCGAACUCGAUGGUAACGAGCGAGCGAAUCGACUCGAUAAUCAGCACGGAGGACGAGGUUAUAUACAACACGAUAUUUUAAGUACGAUGAAUUUUAUAAUUAUAAGCAGGGAUGGGCAAAAUGUGUUCGCGUACGGUAUAGGUAAACAGGAAUUUCAUAAUUACCUGAUCGGUGAACAUCGAGUACAUUGACAUUCGAUAGCUGAGUAAGUGCAGAAUACUUUAUUCGGUUUCGAUAUCCAGUAGAUUUUAAUUUAGGUAACAAAUAAUUAAUAGAUGUAUUUCAAUCGCAAAAUCACUCAAACGUGCCCAUUCCUAAUUAUAAGUUAACCGGCUGUGUUUGAUGAUUGAAAAAUCCGUCGAUCGUUUUUCGACGCGCAAUUACGAAUUGAAUGUGUAUUAUAUUAUAUAAAGAGCACCAUAAAAUGACAUUUAAUAUUGUAGAAACCAUAAUAGUUGCAUGUACAUACCUCUGCCAUAUGUACUAACAGUAGCAAUGAAAUUGAAUAGAUUUUAAUGAGUGAAAGGCUCAAGUUUUUUUUUUUUCUAAAUGACAGAAUCGAUGUAAUAUUUGUGAGAAAAAAAAAUUGAAACAACGUUUUCGAAAACUUGUUUCAGCUAACGCGAUAGGAAAAUAUAAAUGAU